GACUUAGCCCUAGGCAGACACGGACUUUCUUGCUUCUCCACAAACCCCUUCCAAAACAAAAAUUAAAUUCAUCCCUGCACUCCCCUCCUUCCCCAAAACUAAAUCAUCCAAUUUCCUCUUUAAAUCUCGCCGCUUUACUCUUUCACCGUAGAUCUGUACGGGCUUCUUCCAAAUUCACGAUCCCGUCCUCUGAAACAAAACCCUAGGCCAUUUUCCUUCCGAAACGAGUAUUGCCACCUUUUACGGCUUUACAGGAAACCCUAGGUUCAGUUUCUUUUUAGGUUUUUGUGUACAGAUAUCUUGUUCGUUUUUAGGUUUUUGAAUCUGGUCUUUGUGAGAUGAAUGGUAGAGGAAGGUAUCCGCCGGGAAUGGGCAUGGGACGGGGCGGGGGUGUCAAUGCCAACCCUAGCUUUCAGUCGAGGGGACCUCAGCAGCAGUACGUGCAGAGGAGUUUUAUGCAAAAUCACCAGCAGUUUCAGCAGCAACAGCAUCAGCAGCAACAGCAUCAGCAGCAUCAGCAGCAACAGCAUCAGCAGCAUCAGCAGCAGUGGCUUAGACGAGGCCAGUUGCCUGGUAAUGAUUCUAGCGCGAUAGAUGAGGUCGAGAAGACUGUACAAUCUGAAGCCGUGGACUCGAGCUCAAAUGAUUGGAAGGCAAGACUAAAUAUUCCACCACCUGAUACACGCUAUAGAACAGAGGAUGUAACAGCUACUAAAGGAAAUGAAUUUGAGGACUAUUUUCUAAAACGUGAGCUACUUAUGGGAAUAUAUGAGAAAGGUUUUGAAAGACCAUCUCCAAUCCAGGAGGAGAGUAUUCCAAUUGCUUUAACUGGUAGUGACAUUCUUGCUAGAGCAAAAAAUGGGACUGGGAAGACAGCUGCAUUUUGCGUUCCAGCCUUGGAAAAAAUUGACCAAGAUAACAAUGUAAUUCAAGUUGUUAUACUUGUUCCAACUCGAGAGUUGGCACUUCAGACAUCACAAGUAUGUAAGGAGCUUGGGAAGCAUUUGAAAAUUCAAGUCAUGGUCACCACAGGUGGUACCAGUCUUAAGGAUGAUAUCAUGCGUUUAUAUCAACCUGUCCAUUUACUUGUUGGAACUCCCGGAAGAAUCCUAGAUCUUGCGAAGAAAGGUGUUUGCAUUUUGAAAGAUUGUUCAAUGCUUGUUAUGGAUGAGGCUGAUAAACUUUUGUCCCCAGAGUUCCAACCUUCUAUUGGGCAGCUGAUUCGUUUUCUUCCAGCAAAUCGCCAAAUUUUGAUGUAUUCAGCUACUUUUCCUGUUACUGUUAAGGACUUUAAAGACAGAUAUCUACAAAAGCCUUACAUUAUUAAUCUCAUGGAUGAGCUUACGCUGAAGGGUAUUACACAAUUCUAUGCUUUUGUGGAAGAAAGACAGAAAGUCCACUGCCUAAAUACCCUUUUCUCAAAGUUGCAAAUAAACCAAUCAAUUAUUUUCUGCAAUUCGGUGAAUCGUGUGGAACUGUUAGCCAAGAAAAUUACAGAACUUGGCUACUCUUGCUUUUACAUCCAUGCAAAGAUGCUCCAAGACCAUCGUAAUAGGGUUUUUCAUGACUUCCGUAAUGGUGCAUGCAGGAAUCUUGUUUGUACCGAUCUAUUUACUAGGGGUAUAGAUAUUCAAGCUGUGAAUGUUGUCAUUAACUUUGAUUUUCCAAAGAACUCAGAAACAUAUCUUCACAGGGUUGGUCGAUCAGGAAGAUUUGGACAUCUUGGGUUAGCUGUGAAUUUGAUCACUUAUGAAGAUCGUUUUAACUUGUAUAGGAUUGAGCAAGAACUUGGGACUGAAAUUAAGCAAAUUCCUCCACAUAUUGAUCAGGCAAUAUACUGCCGGUAGUUUGUGGUGGAGAUGCCAUGUGGUUAACUGUAGCGUUAGUGGGUUGAUGAUGUGGCCGUCGAGGUCAUCUCCGUUUCUUGGGGACGUGUCUAGGAGAUUUGAUGAUGUUUGGUGGAUGACUAGUUGGUACUGUAUGUUUUAACUCUUGGAUGCUUUUAUUGGUUUCUGGAUUUUUUCUAGUCCUGAAACGUUAACAAGAUCAUAGAAGAGUAGUAUAUAACAGCUUAUAUAAAAGCCCAGAUUUAGCUGGGUCCUCUAUUUGAUGAGUGUUUGGUAGUGUCUGCGUCAGUUGGAAUUCUGUCAUAGUGUGGAAUGGUUAAAGAAUGUCCCUUGUGACCGUUGUUUCUGUCGGUGCAUUUAUUCAGCUUUUAAUCUGUUUUUCCAGUAAUAAAAGCUUGCCAUGAAUUAAACCUCUUGGCUUGGCCAUCUUUCUAAAAUUGUCGUCUUAUGUGUAAUUUAAGUUUGUUUCGAGCUCUUAUAAAUCAUGAUCAAGUGCUAUAUGUUUGGAUUAUAUGAUGAUUUUAGGCGUAUGAAAUUCACUAAUUGAGUGAUCAAUUUCUUUUGUAUUCUCUUUGUUCAAAUUUAGUAGAUUUAAUUUUGUAUUUAGAGUGUCUAAAUUUAAUUGUUUUUUUAAAUAGUAUUUAAUGAAAUUAAAUUUAUUAA